AUGUGGCUGAACAUCUCUCUAGACUUGAAGAUGGUAAUAAGGAGAAUUUUGAGCAGCCAAUUAAAGAUAUUUCUUGAUGAGAAACUCUUGGUGGUGAGACAAGUUUCAAUGCCAUUGUAUGCUAAUUUUGUGAAUUAUUUGGUGAGUGGGAGAACUCCACCUGAUUUGAAGGGACAACAACUUAAGAAGUUCUUUCAUGAUGUGAAGUUUUAUUAUUGGGACGAACCAUUUCUUUAUCAAAAAUGUUCAUAUCAAGUGUUGAGGCAUUGUGUUCCAGAAGAGGAGGUUCAAAGCAUUCUUGAGCAUUGUCAUUCAGCUCCUUAUGGAGGGCAUUUUCAUGCAAGAAAUGAGAUGCCAUUGAAUAUCAUCCUUGAAGUGUUGUUUGAUGUUUGGGGCAUUGACUUCAUGGGACCUUUCCCUCUUUCUUUUAGGAACUUGUACAUUUUGGUGGUUGUAGAUUAUGUAUCGAAAUGGGUUGAAGUGAUAGCAAGUCCCACCAAUGUUGCUAAGGUGGUAAUGAAGUUUUUGCAUAAGAAUGUGUUCACUCAAUUUGGUACUCCAAGAGCUCUUAUUAGUGAUGAGGGUCCCCACUUUUUCAAAAAAAUCUCCAAUAGAGAAAUCAAGGGAAUUCUAGAAAAUGUGGUGAAUCCUAAUAUAAAAUAUUGGUCUCAAAGAUUGGAUGAUGCUCUUUGGGCCUGUAGAACGGCGUUCAAAACCCCUUUGGGCAUGUCACCUUAUCAUUUGGUAUUUGGGAAAGCUUUCCAUUUUCCUGUUGAGUUAGAGCAUAGGGCAUAUUGGGCCACCAAGAAGUUAAAUAUGGAUCUCCAAGCUACUGGAGAAGCUCGAAAGUUGCAAUUGAAUGAGCUUGAGGAGAUGAGAUUAUUCUCCUAUAAAAAUUCUAAGCUUUAUAAGGAGAAAACCAAGAGGUGGCAUGACAAGAGGAUUCAACCUUGA